UUUCUGUAGUCAGUCAUAAGGGCGAAUGAUCAUGGGGCAGUGCAGAAUUUGUAACCUUGAAACAGAUUUUAUUUAGCUAUUGGGGUAUGCAUUGUAACUUCAAACAUUUGUUGAAUGGCCUGUCAUACCUCAAGGAUUACCUUUAUCUUGAACCAUCUUGUUUCCCCAGCAGCUUCAGCUGUAUUUUAUCUGCUGCUCUGACCUCUCCCCUGCAUUUCCUCUGCAGCCUUUCACCUGAAUUUAAAGUAGUAUCUGUUGGCACAUUAAAUCUGGGAAGCAGUUCCUUACCACAAUUGUCCCCUCUUGCACUGCUAUUUUGUAAGUUUAUAUUAUACACUUAAAGUAAUAAAAUGAACUAUUUUUUGACUUUGGAUGCCUCUUUACACUAGCUGACAGCUGUACUAAAUCAGUGUUUUCUUUGCCUGGAGGUACAAGCUAUUUAAAUAACAAUAACUGUUUGCUCAUAGAAAUAACAUAAAUAAUUUGCUGUUAGACUUUUGCAUGCAUACAGGAGAGUAUUUCAGUUUACUUUGUGGCAGCCUAUUUUGGUGCCCAGAAUUUUGUUUGUCGUUUGAUCAGCAUAAAUUAUUAUCAACUAAAGUUGAAGGCAAUGGAUUGAGAAAUGUACAACUUGCUUAUUUAAUUAUGAUAAUAUAGAUAGUCCUCAAGUUACAACCAUUUGUUUAGUAACCGUUCAUAUUAGAACGGCACUGAAGAUGACAUGACCAGUUUUCACAGGUAUUGUGAAAAUUGGAGCAUCCCCAUGGUCACAUGAUCAAAAUUUAGACACUUGGCAACACCUGGCAUAUAUUCAUGACAGUUGCAGUGUCCAGGGGUCAUGUGAUCACCAUUUGUAAUCUUCCCAACUGGCUUCCAGCAAACAAAGUCAGUGUGGGAAGCCAGAUUCAUUUAACAACUGCAGUGAUUUGCUUAACUGUGGCAAAAAGAUAAUAAAAUGGUGCAUAACUCACUUAACAACUGAACAGCUUAGAAACUGAAAUUUUGGGCUCGAUUGUGGCCAUAAAUUGAGGACUAUCUGUAUUUGCAAAAUACAUAGUUGAGAGGCUGAUGGCAAUAUUACUGUUACGGUUAUUAUUUUUGCCUCCUUCAAGGUAGGCAUAAAUAAUAAUUUAUUGUUACUGCAGUAGGUGGUUAUCUAGAAAUGUUGUGGUGGAACCUACAGAAAAUACAAUAUUAAGAGGAUCAGUAUUAGAAGAGGAAAUGCUAGGAUUUUAAUUUGGAUGUAUUAUAAAAUGUUUUAGGAAGAUUUGACUUUGAAGGAUGGCAUGUUCUUUCAAAAAUAAAAUAUUAAGUACAUUAAAUAAAAGUAAGAGCAUUAUAAUUUUGUAUAUGUAUGCCUAUAUUUAUUUAUUUAUUUAUUUAUUUAUUGUUUCAAUUUCUAUACCACCCUUCUCCCAAAGGACUCAGGGCGGUUUACAGUAAAGUAAAGUAAAGACAGUUAGUACAAUUUUUAGCACCAGUUUAAAAGGAAAAUUUAGAGUUGGUUGAAGAACUUAAAACCAAUAAAACCCCUUAUUAAAACCCCUAGGCCAGUCCUGCACGGUGAAACAAAAAUGUUUUCAGCUCGCGUUGAAAGGUCCGAAGAUCAGGGAGUUGACAGAUACCUGGUGGUAACUUGUUCCAGAGGGUUGGUGCCCCCACAGAGAAAGCCCUCCCCCUGGGCGCUGCCAGCUGACAUUGACUGGCCGACGGCACCCUGAGGAGAACCUCCCUAUGGGAGCGCACUGGUCGAUGGGAGGUCGCUGGUAGCAGCAGGCGGUCCCGUAAGUAACCCAGUCCUAUGCCAUGGAGCGCUUUGAAGGUGGUAACUAACACCUUGAACUGCACCCGAAAUACCACCGGAAGCCAGUGCAGCCUGCGCAGGAGAGGUGUUAUAUGGGAGCAACGAGUCGCUCCCUCUAUCACCCGCGCGGCUGCAUUCUGAACUAAUUGGAAUCUUAGUGUGCUCUUCAAGGGAAGCCCCAUGUAGAGAGCAUUGCAAUAGUCCAGACGAGAAGUGACGAGGGUGUGAGUGACUGUGCACAAGGAAUCCCGGUGCAAGAAGGGACUAUAUGAAUGCCAAAACUAUACUAACUCCUAAAUACUAAACAUAGGAAAUUUUUUGUUUGUUUCUUAGUUCAAGCCACUUUUGUGAACAAGGAAGGUUUUUUUCCAGACUAAAUCCUACCUCUGGGUGCUCUUUGCUUUACAGGGCAAUACAGGAAAAUACAGACUUAAUAUUAGAACUCGGGUGUGGAAGAGGAGAGGGUCCAAAAAAAAAACACCCUACCAUUCAUGGAUGGAAAUGUUUAGAGUGAUUCUAGUCAGGACAAAAUAGGAAGACACCUUGAUUAAAGGUGGCCAAGAACUUAGGAACCCCCAGGGACUGAAACUUGAUGCCACAAAAAAUUACAAAAGCUUAGUUAGAUCAGCUUAUGUACUGUUACCUGUACUGAAUAUACUAUUGGCUGUCAUGAUAAGAGCAGGGAGGGACUUACCGGAGCUCUAUAGUACCUUUGGGGUGUCUUUUAAAAAGCUGGGGAGGCAGUUAGUUCGAAGCUUAGUUGGACUGUUCAACCAAACUGGAAAAUGUUCCGGCUUUUCAGACAUGCUAAGCAGUUGUGCUGCUUUCAGAUGAAACGAACAUUGCAGAAAACACUUUGGCCUCUCACUUUUUCAGCACUGGUGAAACAGAACAGUUUCUCCACAGAUUCUAUACAAUCACCCCAGACAAUCUCCCCAUGGCCUAAGGAUGUGGGUAUCCUUGCUCUGGAGGUAUAUUUCCCAUUCCAAUAUGUAGAACAAAGUGAGCUAGAGAAAUAUGAUGGGGUAGAAUCAGGGAAAUACACCAUAGGCCUAGGCCAGAAGCAGAUGGGUUUCUGUGCUGCACACGAAGACAUCAAUUCCUUGUGCCUGACUGUGGUACAACAUCUGAUUGAGCGAAACAAUCUCUGCUGGGAGUCUAUUGGCCGCCUGGAAGUUGGAACAGAAACUAUUAUUGACAAAUCCAAAGCUGUUAAGACUGUUCUGAUGCAGCUCUUUCAGGAUUCAGGGAACACAGACAUUGAGGGCAUUGACACAACCAAUGCAUGCUAUGGAGGUACAGCUUCUCUAUUCAACUCUACUGAUUGGGUGGAAUCCAGCUCCUGGGAUGGACGCUAUGCCUUAGUGGUUUGUGGUGAUAUUGCUGUGUAUGCUACUGGAAAUGCAAGACCAACAGGUGGAGCUGGAGCUGUAGCUAUGCUGGUUGGACCAAAUGCUCCUCUGUCUUUAGAGAGAGGUCUCCGAGGAACCCACAUGGAGCACGUCUAUGACUUCUAUAAACCAGACCUGGCUUCAGAGUAUCCUAUGGUAGAUGGACACCUUUCCAUUCAGUGUUAUUUCCAGGCUCUUGAUCGGUGCUAUGCCACAUAUCGAAAGAAAAUUGAAAGCCAGUGGCAGAAAGCUGGGAUAAGCAAAAUCUGCACUUUGGAAGAUUUCCAGUUCAUGAUCUUCCACACACCAUUCUGUAAGCUGGUGCAGAAGUCUUUUGCACGGAUCUUGUUGAAUGACUUCCUUGCAUCCUGCAAACCAGACACAGACAGUGGAAUCUACAAAGGGCUCAAGGAUUUCAGUAAUGUGAAAUUGGAAGAAACCUAUUCCAGUAGGGAGGUGGACAAAGCUUUUCAGAAGGCCAGCCAGGAGCUGUUCAAGCAGAAAACACAGCCCUCGCUUUUUCUUUCUGCCCGCAAUGGCAACAUGUAUACUCCAUCAGUCUAUGGCUGCCUGGCAUCUCUCUUGGCCCAGUAUUCUGCCAAGCAGCUAGCUGGAUCUAGAAUUGGGGUUUUCUCCUAUGGCUCAGGAUUGGCUGCCAGCAUGUUUUCCCUGAAAGUAUCCCAGAACUCUGCUCCAGGCUCUCCCCUGGAGAAACUGGUAUCCAGUCUUUCAGAUUUAGAGACUCGCUUAGGCUCCCGGAAAUGUGUUUCUCCUGAAAAGUUCAAUGAGAUCCUGAAAGUCAGGGAGGAUACUCAUAAUUCAGUUGAUCACAUUCCUCAUGGAUCUAAGGAUGACCUGUUCCCAGGAACCUGGUACUUGGAGCAAGUGGAUGAGAAAAACCGCAGGAAAUAUGCACGAAAACUAGUUUAGGAGUAUAGUUAUUAUUAAUGAGUUUUUUUCUGAUAAGUCAGAAUCCUGGAUCUAAGAACUCUUUAUAGCGAUGUGCAGAUGGAAGGCUCAGUUGCAAUUUAUUAGGCAAAAAGGAAAAGUGAAAAUACUUAUGGAAAUGAGAAUUUUGUUAGUUUGGUAACAAACUAAUUUGGUUUGUCUACCUAUCCUGCUGUGCAGAAACAUUUAAAAUAAUGCACAUAAUUAUUAGACUUUUAUAGAUGGAAGAGGAAUAUGCCAAUAUUAUUCUUUCAAGGUGUUAUGUGUGUGUGUUGUUCAGUUGGGCAGCAAAAUAGGCUGACAAACAAAGGUGAAUGGUUCGUUAUUCAUAGAUCUGUGCAAUAAAUAAUAAUAUCAAAUCAGAAAAUAAAAUUUCAACAUGGCCUGUAUUUAAAUCCCUUCUAUCCUGCCUGAUAUCAAAACAAAAGGUGAAGAAAAAUCUUGGAAAUACAGGUAGUCCUUGACUUAUGACCACAAUUGAGCCCAAAAUUUCUGUGGCUAAGCAGGACAUUUGUUAAGUGAGUUUUCCCCCAUUUUACAAUCUUUCUUGGCACAGUUAAGUGAAUCACUGCAGUUGUUAAGUUAGUAGUUAAGUUCGCCAUUAACUUUGCUUGUCAGGUUGCAAAAGGUGAUCACAUGACCCUGGGACACUGCAAUUAUCAUAAAUGCAUGCCAAUUGUCAAGCAUUUGAAUUUUGAUCACAUGACCAUAGGGAUGCUGCAAUGAUGAUGUGAAAAAUGAUCAUGUUACUAUUUUCAGGGUUGUUAUAACUUUGAACAAUCACUAAAUGAAUGUUUGUAAGUUGAGGACUAACUGUAGUUCAGUAUCUUUGAAAAUGUUUCUACAAAUAGCCUUGUUAUACACAAAAAUUGCCAUUAUAGGGUAGGAGAGAAUUAAAUAUUGAGAAAAAUAGAUUGCAUCAGCUAUCCCAGGAACUUAAGAAUGACACCCUAACACAGGGGUGUCAAACUCUAUUUCACCGAGGGCCACAUCAGGGUUGUGUUUGACCUUGGGGGACAGGGAGGCAUGGCCAGGGGGAUGGCCAGCUUGACGUCACUUGUGUCAGGGGCACCUGAGGUGGGGGGCGGGAUCCAUUGUCUCCAGCAGAAGGCAAGACCAGGGAGAGGGCCAAACCCUUGUCCUUCAGAGGAGCCUCGCUGUUCCUCUUAGGCCACACAGAGGACCCCCGGAUAGUGGCACAGGCUAUCCAGAGCCCUAGGCAGCAGAGGGCAAGCAUCCAACCCAGUCCUCGAGUUCCCAGGGCACCGGGACCACACAGCCCAGCCCAGCCCAGCCCAACCCUGCUUCUCCGAGGGUAUGCCCAGCCGCGCAUACCUCCUUAAGGCUGCUGCUGCUAUUCUCGCUCUUCUUGGCCAGGUUGCUCAUGGUGUGCAGGAGGGCAAAGUGUGUGGGUCAGAGAGAGGCCACUCUCUCCUUACAAGGUGACCCAGCUUUGUAACCAAUGCAUCCUCAGUGAUAGAAUGGGAGACUGUCAGGAGGAGACAAGGGGAUGGCAAAAGGCAGCAGGAUUGCAAGUACUAAGGCAGGACUUCCAUUAGACCCUCCCUCCAUCUCAUUAUAACCUUCCUCCCUUCCUUCUCCUUUUUUCUUCCUUCCCCUUUCUUUCUUUUUCCUUCCUUGCUCUCUUCGCGUGGUCCUCCAAGCAGUUUUUGGCCAUGACAGCCUCCUGCAGCCCUCUGCCAGCAAAAAUGGAGCUCGGGAAGCCGUGCACGGCCCCUGAGCUCAGUUUUGACUGGAAGAAGGUUGCAGGAGGCCGUCAUGGCCCCUGAGUUCCAUUUCUGCUGGCUGCAGGAGGGCAUCAUGGCUAAAAAUGUUUUCCCUGGCAGAGGCAUCAGGGGCAGGACCUUCACUGUUUCCAGGGCGACCCUGUAGGCUAGAUCUAAGCACCCCAUGGGCUGAAUCCGGGCUGCGGGCCUUGAGCUUGACACCCCUGCCCUAAAAUAUCUGUAGUCAUCUUUGCUUCUCAGCCUACCCUCCAGCUCAUUCAUACCAAUAGAAAAUUGUACACGUUGGUUUAGAGAAAAUGUAUAAUAAAUAGGCUUGAAAUGGAGAAUGAUUUGUAUGAAUAUGGAAUCAAAGUAGGUUGGUGAUUGCAAAGGAAAAUAUGACAGAAAUAAAGCACACAUGGGAAUUAAUGAAAUCCUUAGCAAAUGGUUCAUCAUGGAAUAAGAUAAGGAUCUAUAAAGGAAUGCAAUCAAUAUAUUAGAGAUGUAUUAGUUGCAGAAAGACAAAGACUAAGUCUUGGCUAAGACUCCAAAUAAACUAUAGCAAAGAUGAAUAGAUUGUAUGAUGCAGCAUGAAGUACAAAUCUGAAAAUUAAGGUAUCCACAAGGGUAUUCAUCCACAAGAGUAUUAAAUUGUUUAAUAGAGGAAAAGGAGUUGAUGACUCCAGAUUGCAUUUCCUGUCAUUUUUGCUUCUUUCAUUUUUACCAUUGACUGGAGCAAACCUACCAUCAGCCUAAAGAUUCCAAUUUUCAAAUAGACUUUCCACAACCUAGAUGCUACCAAUUUAUAUUUUGUGGUACACAUUUUAAUUCAUUCAUUAAUAAUUAGAUUUUUACUUUCACUUCCCUGCAUAUAUUUUAUCAGUUUUACUUCAAAACUUAAAUGUUCACCAUUUACGUUUAUUACAUAUUUGCCACUUUCAUACAGCAUAUUUGAUUCAUUUUAUUCAUUAACUUAUAUUAUUUACUCUGCUUAUAUUUCAAUAUUUUGUAUAUGCCACAGUCUUUAACAGAGAACCUUUUGUAUCUGUGACUUGGUGAA